AGUCAUUCCACAGCCAUCCCAACAAUCCCAACGGAGAGCGAAACGUCACUUUGUGACAAUUAUCGUUGGAGAAGGUGUGUUUGUUGCCUUGGUGUUCGGUGUAUUGUUAUCGUGGUCAACUCUAGAGUGCAGUUCUUGUUGGCGCAAUAAGUCGGGGAAAUUGAUGAGGAUCAAAAUGAACCAAGAGCCCCUUGGGGUGGCUUCGGACGUAGUACUUCCACAGCAACUCACGAGAUGGAGCAACACACAACCACCUCACUUCCUAACAGAUUAUAGUUCCUCCGGUGAACAACCAGCUCAUAAUAAGCCUCCCUUCCUACUAGAUCAUCAGAUAAAUCAGAAAAUUAUUUUAUGGAAUGGCGACAUAUCUGCGUUACAAGUGGAUGCUAUCGUAAAUUCGACAAAUGAAUCAAUGACAGAAAGCAACCCUAUAAGUGACAGGAUAUAUCAAAGAGCUGGAUCCGAUCUUAAGGAAGAAAUCAAUGUAGAUAUUCGAGAAUGUAGGACAGGGGAAGCAAUAGUAACACGAGGACACGCACUGCCAGCGAGGUACAUAAUUCAUACGGUGGGACCCAAGUACAACAUUAAAUAUCAAUCAGCGUCCGAAAACACGUUACAUUGCUGUUACAGGAAUGUUCUCCAGAAGACGAAAGAGCUGGGGCUCCAUUCAUUAGGUCUCUGUGUAAUCAAUUCAGUCAGAAGAAAUUAUCCACCCAAUGAGGGAGCUCAUAUUGCAUUACGUACCGUACGAAGAUUUCUCGAGCGAUACGGCAACUCAAUCGACACACUAAUCUUCGUGGUGGACAACACAGAUUUCGGAAUCUACGAAGUUUUGCUUCCACUCUAUUUCCCAAGGUCACUUAUGGAGCAGGAGGCAUCGAAAUGGCAGCUUCCAGCUGAUCUGGGUGGUGAAGAUGGCGAACCCCUGUUGCCCGACAGACAGAUCAGGAUCAUUGACAAUCCACAGCACACCCUUCAUCCUGACGAAGAAUCGAUUGAUAUCUCGACGCAGCUGGAGACCUCCAUCAAUAUCGAACAUGCAUUCAGUCAGAUGCAGGGAGAUUUGGAUCAGCAGCGUCUUCUUGGUGAGCGGCCACUGAACGAUCCUCUGGCCGACAUCAUGGUGAAAGAGAUCCAGCAUCAAGAACGUUACGAACGAUUGUUGAGAAGGGCUAGAACAGAGGACUUGACAGAAGUAUCCGGAAUCGGCUGCUUGUAUCAGAGUGGCGUUGACAGGUUAGGAAGGCCAGUAGUUGUGUUCGUUGGAAAAUGGUUUCCCUUCAACAAAAUUAAUUUAGAUAAGGCUCUUUUGUACCUGAUUACUCUCCUAGAUCCCAUUGUCAGAGGAGAUUACGUCAUAGCUUACUUCCACACAUUGACGUCAAGUAAUAACUAUCCAUCUUUCUCUUGGUUGAAGGAGGUGUACAAUGUUCUGCCGUACAAGUACAAGAAGAAUUUGAAGGCGUUUUACAUCGUGCAUCCCACUUUUUGGACUAAGAUGAUGAGUUGGUGGUUCACUACGUUCAUGGCUCCAGCUAUCAAACAGAAAGUUCACAGCUUACCCGGAGUGGAGUAUCUUUAUGCAGUCAUGUCACCUGAUCAACUUGAAAUUCCAGCUUUCAUUACAGAAUAUGAUAUGACUCCACUUUACAAGCUGAUACUUGAAGAAGCCUACAAAUUUGACGAUUCUCUCUCUUUCUCUAGAUAAAUGGCCUGAGAUAUUUCCAACCAAGCCUAACAACAUAACAAAGACAACAAGCUCCUACCUUGGUUUAACAGCAGAGAAGCGCGGUAUCCAUGUAUGAUUUGCGCUCCAAUUCUAUCACCGUUCAUCGUCGCAAUAUUUUCGAUUAGUAUUAAGUUGUGCUGUGCCAACUGGUAUGAAAUAGUGAUGAAACACACGCUUUGAGUGACCUUGCAGGUCUUCAAUGGACAACACUUGAUUUGGGAAACAAUGUGAAAGAUUCGUUUCUACUUAGGAACUCUUAAUUUUAAGGCUGUGCAAACUGUAAGCACUUGUAUUUAUACUAUGUAGUGUUGAGUGCUAUAUUGAAAGUUUAUUAGGUUUAGUCUGAUAUUUUUAUCGAUUUUUUAUAUUGCAAUACAUAAAAACCGAACAGUUAAGUUUGUGAAGAAACAAAAAAUUUGUUGAAACCUAUUAUAUGACCCAUGGUAAUUGGAAUACGCUAUAACCUAAUCAUUUAGGUUUCAUCUGGAUCAAUUAAUGAUUCUUUCGUAAUUGAAUCGUAAUGAAGAAAACUAAAUUUUUCAGGAAAUGGAUAAUUUUCGUUCUUUCAGCAUAGAAAAACAAUCGAUUGUUGGUAAUGACUGAAAAACCCCAGAUUCUUAUGAUGAAUUCCCUGAAAUAUAUUUUCAAUUUGUCAUUUAUGAAUUCAUGGAAUGGUUCAGAGUUUUAGACAUGCGUUUUAUUGCUUCCUAUUGACAAUUUGACUGAUUUAAUUGAUUGUUGUUAGUAGAUAUGGGCACCCAAAAAUUAAAUAAUUUUGAAUAUCUUCUUCCAAUAUCGCAGUGUGCUAUGCAAAUGAGCUGCAAAAAGCAAUAAUCUUCAUGUUGAAAGUGAUUUCCAUGUUAUUGAUUUCACUGUUGAAUUAGUUGAAACUUUGAUAUUGAUUAAUGUUUUUUCUACUUUCCUAUCAGUUUAUUAAAUACGUUAGGUGUUUCAUCAAGAUGAUUGAUUUCUUCAUCUGCUGAUAUCUCUAAAUGUGAUUCUCAUGUGAAACUAUCCUCAUUACAAUAUCAUAGCUCCUUGUUUUUUCAUUGAAUGUUUCGUCUCCAUAUUGUUCAAUAUUCUAAAACGAAUAAGCAGUUAUGUAAUCAAAUGUGAAUUCCCAUCCACAUCAGAUCAAAACAAGGUUUACUCCGAAUUGUCACGAAAAAACAAGAACAGAAAUAAUAACGAAAACAAAAUUUUGUAUAAGCAAAUAAUAUUGUUCAAUACCACCAACUGGAAAUAACUAUUUAUAGUACUCAGAUUGUUCAGAAUCACCUUUAGAGAAUCAUGAUAGUCAGAAUUGAAAAAAUUGAACCUUAUAUGUCUUGUUUUGAAGUUGAGAAUUCAUAUCUCUGAAUGAAACAUUAUGUACUUAUAUAUGUGCCAAGGAAAAUCAAUUAUUACAUUCAUUUUUGAUUUCCUCAAACAGCAUUAAUGUUCAACUUGGUACGAUCUCUGACAUAUUUAUUUGCAUUUCUAAACUUUCCAUAUAUGAAAAGUUGAAUACUCUUUAUCAAAUAGUCUCAAGAAAAUUUAGAAUAGCCUUUUCCAUUUCGUGAUUUCAACAUUUUUAUGGUAGUCGAUCGACUAUGAAAUUCUUCUAUUCACAUUUAACUAUCACUACUUUCCAGCACUAUUCAAUUUUAUAAUAUGAUUUCCCUUUAUAUAGAUGUAGUGGAAAUUUUCUAUCCAUGCUCAAAAUAUGACAUCAAAAAAUUGUUAAAAAUAGUGUCUUGAGAAGAAUAUAUUCUGAAUUUUUGCAGUGUUGAUUUUUAUUUUUUCAAAUGAUAUAUUGUUGUAAUUGUUGAAAAGAUUUCUAAGAAAUUUGUUAGAAGCGAUGCCAUAUGGUUGCUUCAAAGAAAUACUGUUGACACAAAGGUUUUCAAUCACUAAUGAGCUUACAUUUCUGUUAUAACAAAUAUACAGAUUAUAAAUAAAAUUUUGAAGAAAUA